ACCCUGUCGAAAUGCAUCGAUGCAGCGAUGGUGCUGGGGAACUCCCACCUCAUCAUGAACCGCCCCAACAGGCUGGCGGUGCUGGCCAGUCACACGCAGGAGAGCCGUUUCUUGUACCCUGGGAAGGGCUGGACUUCUGCAGAUCUCCUUGGAGAUGGUAGUAGCUCCAUAGAAUCUAAUUGCUCUGGCAGCAAGGAUGGAAAAUAUGAAUUGUUAACAGCAAUAAAUGAUGCAAUUGCAGAAGAAAUUAAAGACCUCAUGACAAAAACUGACAUGAGGGGCCAGCAAACAGAAACUCUCUUAGCAGGGUCACUUGCCAAAGCACUUUGUUAUAUCAACAAGGUGAGCAAAGAGGUAAAAGCUAAUCAAGAAAUGAAAUCAAGGAUUCUGGUCAUAAAAGCAGCAGAAGACAGUGCAUUGCAGUACAUGAAUUUCAUGAAUGUCAUCUUUGCAGCACAGAAACAGAGUAUUUUGAUUGAUGCCUGUGUCUUGGACUCUGAUUCAGGUCUCCUACAACAGGCUUGUGACAUCACAGGUGGGAUCUAUUUGAAAGUGCCCCACAUGCCAUCCCUUCUGCAGUAUUUGUUGUGGGUGUUUCUCCCUGAUCAAGAGCAAAGAUCACAGCUUGUCCUUCCACCUCCAGUUCAUGUUGACUACAGAGCUGCCUGCUUCUGUCAUCGCAAUCUCAUCGAAAUUGGUUAUGUGUGCUCAGUGUGCCUGUCAAUAUUCUGCAACUUCAGCCCUAUUUGUAGUACCUGCGAGACUGCUUUCAAAAUAUCUUUGCCACCUGUCAUGAAAGCCAAGAAGAAGAAGUUGAAGUUAGCUGCCUAA